AUGAACAACAUUUUACAUAAAACCAAGAUUAUGCGUCAAUGGUCAUAUAGAUACAUUAGCGGUAACAGUGUUAUUUAUCAUCCUCCUAGUUUGAAAAAUAUACCGACUAAAUGGAACCAGUUAUCUAUCCCACUGAAAGAAGAAAUCCAAGAAUAUCUAGAUUGGCAAAUGACCGGUGAUUGGAGAGACAUGAGUGCUAAUGAGAAACAGAGUAUAUACUACAUAAGCUAUGGUUCAUGGGGCCCCCGUGGUAACCAAAUUCUAAAUAUAAAAAGGAUAUUUACUAAUUUCGGUAAUAAUAAUAACGGCACGCAAGUAAAUAUAUCAUAUCUGGUUAUUAGAGGGUUAUUUAAUUUAGCACUUUUUUCUGCUGUUGGUGUCUCCAUACUAAAUCUUAAAAAAGAUAAACAAUUAAAGGAUAAGGAACAAAUUGUAAUAUAA